CUGGCGGAGUGCAAAGGGGAGCUGUCAGGCUGCCGAGCCAGGGAGGGAGGGGUUUUCCAUUGCCGGCCCUGGGCCCUGGCCUUCGCGGGGAGAGGUGCUUCUGGUGCUGCUGCUAUACGGACCCCUCCCCAUGGGGGGCGCAUGAGAGCCCGGCCCUCUUUCUCCCCUGCGCGGCGGAAACUCAGGGACCGGUACCAGUUCUGGGACCCUCACUUUGAGAGAGCCUAAGGGGAAGAAAACACUUGCCCUCGAACCCAGUGGAGAUGACAGAAUACAAACUGGUGGUGGUGGGUGCUGGUGGUGUUGGGAAGAGUGCACUGACCAUACAAUUGAUCCAGAAUCAUUUUGUGGAUGAAUAUGACCCCACUAUAGAGGAUUCAUACCGGAAGCAGGUGGUAAUCGAUGGAGAGACAUGCCUCCUGGAUAUCUUGGACACAGCUGGGCAGGAAGAGUACAGUGCUAUGCGUGACCAGUAUAUGAGGACAGGAGAAGGCUUCCUAUGUGUCUUUGCAAUCAACAACACAAAGUCUUUUGAAGAUGUUCACCACUACAGGGAACAGAUCAAUCGUGUGAAAGACUCUGAUGAUGUUCCUAUGGUGCUUGUCGGCAAUAAGUGUGAUCUGCCCUCUCGGACGGUCGAUACUAAACAGGCUCAGGAACUUGCCAGAAGUUAUGGAAUCCCCUUUGUAGAGACCUCUGCCAAAACCAGACAGGGAGUGGAGGAUGCUUUCUACACUCUGGUGCGAGAAAUCCGAAAACACAAGGAGAAGAUCAGCAAUGGGCGCAAGAAGAAAUCUUCCAAAAGGAAGUGUAUUAUCCUCUGAAGGAGAGACACUAUUGCACUGUUGGGAGUGCGAAAAACCCUUUUAAGUUUGGGGAUUUUCCCAAGCUGCUGAAUUAAUUUUGAUGGCCAUGCCCCUCACCCUUUACAGCAGGAAGGCAAAGGUGGUGGAGUUCUCAAAAUGUCAAUUACUUUACUCUUUUAAAAUGGGACAUUGCAUCCAACAUGGAGGAUUUGUAACUAUAUUUGAUCCUGGUGUUCUUUCCCCUUCAUUUAAAAAAGAACGAUUAUCAUGUUUCAGGUCUUUAGAAUUAUAGAGGUAAUUCCUAUAAAGUGGCCUAAUGUAGCCUGACCCUACAGGUUAGAUGGAAGUGGUAGAACAAACACAGUGUCUCAGAAUCUUAGGGUGGGCCUUUCUCAUUUUUGUAGCAAUUUCCCUACAUUGGUUCCUUGCAGGGCUGAAAAGCAAGCCACAUAGUCUUGUGCCACCUUUCCUGGCAUGAAUCUUGGAUUUGUUUAAAUAUUAAACACCUCAUAACAACAUCACAUUUGCUGUUGUUAUGAGAACAGAGAAAGGUGGUUUAUUUGAAAGUGGCAGUGAGAAAUGCCAAGAGAGCAAAUGUGGAAAGCCAAAACCCUCUCUGUAGCUGAAUUUUUCCUCCCACUGUAUUAAAAUAGAUGGUGCUCAGUUCUUUUUCUUCUGGGUGGUUGAAUUCCAUAUUUAGUUGUUUCUCUUUUUUCCCCUCCUGGUUUCACAUGGGCUGUUUUAAAUUAGCAAUAGCAAAAUACAAUUCUAUACUGUUUAUCAGUGUACUUAAGCACUCCCUAAGCGGUUUACAAUGUGUAAGCUAAUUGCCUCCAACAAGCUGGGUAUUCAGUUUAGCAACCUCACAAGGAUGCCAGGCUAAGUCAGCCCUGGAGCCCCUGGCUGGUAUCGAACUCAGAACCUUGUGAGUGAGUGGCUGCAGUACCAGCAUUUAACCACUGUGCCACCAGGGCUCCCUUAAAUUCUAAGCAAAGGCUCUGUUGCCUUCAAGUAAUAGAACCUGGUGAACAGGGGGACCAUUUCUGUCUAUCAGAAAUGUCUGUUGAUGAGGUCAUGUCAACAACAUGAGAAAUAGGUUGGGGGAACUAGUAUAAACAGUUUCCUCAAAGGUAGUGGCAUCUGUUAGUUGUGCAUUAGGAAACUACCGGUAUUCUUUUUCUGAAGAUAGUUGAAUAUCAGUACUGAGCAAAACGUUUUUAUAUUAUCUGCCAUCAUUGCAGCCUCUACUAAAUGGUUAUUCAGGUCUUGGGAGUAUAGUGACACUUCUUUUUUAAAAGGAGAUAUAUGAUCCAAAGAUCACUUAGCUCCCUCUCUACCUUAAUCUCCUAGUCCUGGAAGUAGGAAUGGGAUUGGCAGGAGGAGAGCAGAAGUAUGAAUUAUGACUAGAACAGUAGUUAAAAGAAUCAAUUCUGUCCAGCUGUGUAUUUGACAUACUCCUUCCUUUACUCCUGCCCCUCUCCCAACUGCCUUCAGAUCCAUUGCUAACUUCAUUUGAUCUUUUUUCCAUGGUCCUGAGGAACUGUACAAUAAAAUGCCACCACUUGGAAUAAACCUGUGAAUAAGCUACCUGA